AUGAACAUACUUUAUAUUUCCGGUUUAAAAAUUUUAGUUGCUACUCGAGGAGAAGGUUCCAAAAAAGAUCCUUUGGAAGAAGAAAGAUUACUUAGGUUAUUUGUAGUUUGCAAGAAAACAAGUACUGUCGAAGAUAUUGAAGCACAUUUUAAAGAGUUUGGAGAUAUUGACAAUAUAAAAUUGGUAAAAAACAGAGACACCAAUGAAAAUAAAGGUUUCGCUUAUGUCAAGUAUUACAAAAUGUAUCAUGCAGCUUUGGCUUAUGAGCAGUGUGAUAGAAGUUAUAAACCAAAAUUUGCAGAACCCAAACCUCAAACUCCCAGGUUUAAUAAUGGAUAUGAUUCAUAUGAUAGGUAUGAGGGUCCUGGCUAUGGUGCAGGUCCCUCGGUUGGAUAUGAUAAUUACAAAAUAAAUAGUGGUAAAUACAAUCUUCUUUCUAUGAAAUAUUGUGUUCCGAAUAGUGUUACCAGUUUUGUCAAUAAUUAUCCUUUGAAAGGAGAACCAUUUACAAAACUUCAAGUUUUGGUUUCCCUCAUGGUAACUCAAGAGCAAUUAUGGAGAAUUUUCGAUAUUGCUCCCGGAAUGGAAUAUUGCAGGAUAUUUCCUGAUUUUCGUGCAAAAGCUGUAUCAAGUGUUGCUUAUUCUACUCCCCAACAAGCAGCUUAUGCCAGAGAUAAAAUUCAUGGAUUUGAAUAUCCUCCAGGUCAGCAUAUGAUUGUAAGACCUGAUUAUUCGGAAAAUACGCAAAGAGUACAACAAAUUCCUCCUCCUAUUUCCAUGCCAUCAUUUUCUGGAUUGAACAGCAAUAAUAGUAAUUUGAGUAAAGCUGACAUUGAAUUAGUUGAAGCUCGACUUUUUGUAGUAUUUAAUCCUGGCAUUCCUGAGAGAUAUGCUAUCAAGGACGUCUUUGGUCGUUUUGGUAAAAUAACUGACAUAUUUUUGUUGGUAGGAAAAAACGUAGGCUAUAUAUCGUAUAAUAGAAAAGAAGCUGUCAAAGAUGCCAUCGAGGCUCUCCAUGGGCACGAAUUGUGCGGAAUGUACAUGAAAGUAAUGGAAGCAGAGCCUAGACGGACACCAGGAGGGCCAGAUGAAGAUAGACGCAAACGUUUAAAAUUACAAGAUGACUAA